CAUUCGGAAUCAUUGUGCUUCCCUGUUGCUUACCACAGUCGGGUGUUGCUUUUAUUUUGGGUAUUCAAGUUUUCAGUCAUCCACCAUUAUGGCCAACGCUGGUUUCCAACUCUUGGGCAUCGCCCUGGCAAUUAUCGGUUGGAUUGGAGACAUCGUCAUCUGCGCACUACCCAUGUGGAAAGUGACGGCCUUCGUUGGGAACAACAUUGUGACCGCACAGAUCUUCUGGGAGGGUCUGUGGAUGAACUGCGUGCAGCAGAGUACAGGCCAGAUGCAGUGUAAGAUCUACGACUCCAUGCUGGCCUUGCCCCAGGACCUGCAGGCAGCCAGAGCUUUGGUCGUUAUCUCCAUUCUGGUGGCCUUCAUGGGGAUCUUCCUCGCCAUGGCUGGUGGGAAGUGCACCAACUGCAUUGAAGAUGAGGAUGCAAAAGCAAAAGUUGCCAUUGCUGCAGGAGUCGUCUUCAUCGUCGCAGGGGUACUGGUCUUAAUCCCUGUGUCCUGGUCCGCCAACACCGUCAUCAGGGACUUUUACAACCCCAUGAUGCUUGACGCCCAGAGGAGAGAGCUGGGGGCAUCACUUUUUCAGUCAUCCACCAUUAUGGCCAACGCUGGGUUCCAACUCUUGGGCAUCGCCCUGGCAAUUAUCGGUUGGAUCGGAGACGUAGUCAUCUGCGCGCUACCCUUGUGGAAAGUGACGGCCUUCGUUGGGAACAACAUUGUGACCGCACAGAUCUUCUGGGAGGGUCUGUGGAUGAACUGCGUGCAGCAGAGUACAGGCCAGAUGCAGUGUAAGGUCUACGACUCCAUGCUGGCCUUGCCCCAGGACCUGCAGGCAGCCAGAGCUUUGGUCGUUAUCUCCAUUCUGGUGGCCUUCAUGGGGAUCUUCCUCGCCAUGGCUGGUGGGAAGUGCACCAACUGCAUUGAAGAUGAGGAUGCAAAAGCAAAAGUUGCCAUUGCUGCAGGAGUCGUCUUCAUCGUCGCAGGGGUACUGGUCUUAAUCCCUGUGUCCUGGUCCGCCAACACCGUCAUCAGGGACUUUUACAACCCCAUGAUGCUUGACGCCCAGAGGAGAGAGCUGGGGGCAUCACUGUUCAUCGGCUGGGGUUCAGCUGGUCUCCUGCUAAUCGGUGGCGCCCUGCUCUGCUGCCAGUGUCCUAAGAACGAGGAGGGACGAUACACCGCCAAAUAUUCAGCACCGCGAUCUGCAGCCAGCGGAGGCGCCUACGUUUGAUAAGAUGGAACUCAACGAUUCUGCAGUGAAGGGUUAAUCAGUGAGAUUUCUCACUACUCGUUCAACCCAAAGUAAACCAUGGAUUUUAAAAUGUUUUAAUCUGAAUGUAUUUUAUUUAAUGGUAUUGCUUCAAUAAAUGUGUUACUUUUCUAUAA